AUGAAAACCGAUUGGGUCUGCGAUCUUUGCCAUCAUGAACUCGUGACGAUGAGCGAGGAGCCACCGGAUGUUUGUGCAGCUUGUCAAGGCAAACGCUUUACCUGGAACUGCCCAGGCUGCACGUUGCGGAAUCCUUCCGAAAACGCUUUCUGUGAAAUGUGCCAAACAUCUCGUCGAAUUUGGAACUGCGCACAGUGUACCUACCGAAACAGUGGAAAGGAUGAUAUCUGCGUCCUGUGUCAGCAGCCGAAAGAAGUGGAUAAUGGUGGCCUCGUCUCUUCAAUAGAGGCGAAGGUGCAGAAGAAGGUGGAGGACGCGGACAUUGACCUUGUUGAAUCUGUGGACGAGCUGCGUGGUGCUGACCUUCUCGAAUGGAGUUGCGGUCACUGCACGUUCACGAAUCCAGGCGAGUACGUUACCUGUGAAAUGUGCUUCAAGUCAAAGGCGACCAAGGAGUCACAGAAUGACGAGCGAUUUUGUAGCGAAGUUGAUCGUAAGCCAUCAGCACGGGAGGAGCCGGAUUCGAUAGUCCGGAAGCUUGGAAAGGCACGUGAUGCUGCCUCAGACGUACUCUUUGCGGCCCAGAGAGAGCGCGAGAAGAAGAUGAAGCAUAUUCAGGACGUUCAAGGUGGAUGUCUGAGUUUGCAGUACCUGGACGUUGCGAAAGCGAUCACGUCAGCUGGAAGGGGAGCAGACGAUGAAGAAGUGCUUCUCGAGUGUAUCAAGCAAGUUCAAGCUCACCAGAGAGAUAUUGCACAGGAAAAGAAGAUGGAUGCCAGAAAGGCUGAGCCGUCCGUUGAUCUGACAAGCCAUCGUGUCAACACGGACCAACGCCGUCAGUGGAUGAAAGACGCAAAUGUGCCGGAGCGCUUCGGGCAAGCUUUGUGUAAGCAAACAUGGACUCUCGAUGACAUGAGCACCUUACAACUCUUUUCAAAGGAACCCGCUUUGUGCAUGACGGUGCUGGAGCAUAACGCUCGGCACUCUCGGGUUGAAGGACGCAGAAUUGGAAAUUUCUCGAGUUCAUCGAAUCUAUCCGAGCGGGAAAACAACGAGGUUUCGAAGUCGGAGCUCAGAAGCAAGCGAUUGGCUCGUUUUCAGGAGCCUCGGAUACCUCCGAGCACAUCGUUUGGGCAUAGCCAGACUACUGCGUCUCGCGACAAUGAUGCACAUUUCCGCUCGGAGCCAAACAUCCGAUUUGCGUCAGCCCCUUUCCUAUGCAUGCCUAGGACAAGGACGGAUGAUAUGGACGGUAGAGCGGCGAAUUGCCAACCAAUGCUCUCUGAAAGUUGGCGUGAAUUCACUGAGAGGCUUAUGCAAGAGUCUGGUGCAUGUGGUGGUGACGACACGGACAAGAUAAGGGCUGUAUUUGUUUGGCUCACUGUCAACGUGAAGUAUGAUCACGACUCGAUAGCCGACAAUGGGACAAGACGAAAGCUGCAAGGAUGCGAAAGGAACAUUAGCGAGGCAGACAGAAACUGCGCCAUGGACGCUAUCAUACACAAUCGAGAGGCAGUGUGCGCAGGAUACGCGUGGAUGUUUGCAAGGAUGUGCGAUCGUGGUGGAGUGCAAGCGGAGGUCCGUUACGUCUCUGGAGUCACGAAACAUGCCAAAGUGCUCAAGGCGAAGCUCAAUGCUGCACACAUGGACACGCAUGCUUGGAAUGUCGUCUUGUCCGUCUCAGGAGAGCCCUUUAUGGUUGAUUGCACUUGGUCAGCACUGGGGGAGUUGGAGUCUGGUGAUGGUGUGAACGAAGAGUAUUGGAAAGUGAACCCACAUCAUUUCAUUCAUCAGUUUUAUCCGACGGAAGCUGAAAACCAAUGCCUCAACCCAACAUGGACAUUGGAACAAUUCUGUGCGUCUCCAAAUUUCUAUCCGUCCUACUUCCGCCUUGGUUUGAACGUGGAAGGAAGAGAUAGCCUCUUUGCUGGCUAUUUGCUGCUCAAUCAACCAAAAGACAGAAACUUGAGGCUUUCUUUCUUUGCGCGGGAAGACGAAUGUCCCUCAUCCUAUAUCCAGGUAUCAUCAAAAUUCGCCACUUCUCCACUGGACCUGAAGAAAACUCCUCCUUGCCAGACUGAGAUGGACUUGACAUUGUUCCGAACUGAACGGGUGGAUCGCGCCAACCCUGCUGGAGCCUACAAAGUAUUUGCAGGGGAGAUCGCUAUGCCAUCCUUCUCGGUUGCAACAUAUUAUGGUCUCUUCACCGUUUGGGCCAAUGAUACAGGAAGCCAAAGACGCUAUCUUUCGAAAGUGAUGGAAUUCAUGGUGCAUCACGCUGACUGA